GAUCAUCUAAGAACAAGCAUGAAAGCUGUGGCCUCUUUAUUUAUGUAUUGUGAAUCUAAAGCCGCUGGUUGGUUUGGACGCGCGUCACACAGAGUAACUGCCCUCCUGUCGGGAUGUUGCCCCCAUGGAUGACCGCUGUCGGGUUUGGGGCUAUAAAAGGAGGAGCGCGCGCGCUCUUCCUGCAGACCGGAGGAGGUGAAGGGAGGAGAUGGAUCUGCUGCGGGUCCUCUGAGGUCACGUGCUCACCUCCCAGCUUCAUCAGUCUGACUGGAAUCGGGCCUGUUUCCUUGGAUGUGACGCGCGCGUUUUCCCCGCCAGGUUCCAGCAUGACUCUGUGGUGCAGCUCGUGCAAGUGUCACGUCAGGGCCCCGUGCACGUCCCAGCACCUGCAGAGGGAGGAGCGGCGCGCAGCCUGCAGGAGGUUCAGAUCCACCAAGGGAGCGUCCAAAGCCCGGCGAGACCACAUCAAUCAUGAGAUCAGGAAUAUGCGCGCUCUGCUCCCCAUCUCCCAGGAGGACCAGGAACGUCUGUCCUACCUUCACUCCAUGGCCGCCAUCUGCACCUACAUCCGGAAGUCGGUUCUCUUCCAGGGGCUCCCCUCUGGAGGGGGGACACUCAGCUCUCUGCCGUGUGAGGCCUUUCUGGAGGCGCUGCACGGCUUCAUCUUAGUCACGACCGCUGAAGGCCGGCUGGUGUACGUGUCGGAGAACGUGGACGAGCAUCUCGGUUUCUCCAUGCUUGACGUGCUGCAGGGAGACACAAUAUAUGACAUGGUGGAGCGCUCUGAUGUGGAUGCUGUUCAGGCACAUCUGGAUGUUGGAAGCAGCUCUUCAUCAGAGAGAAGCUUCGUGUGCUGCAUGCAGACCUCCAAGGCUUUUAAGGUGCAGCACGGCAGCUGCUCCUCCAUGCUGGUCAGAGGGAGCUUCCAGCUCCUCCCUCGGUCCUCAUCCGUUCCCGGCGGCGAGCUGCUCUUCGUUGCCCUCUGCACUCCCACGGUGAACCGUCUGAGCGGCGCGGCGUCUCAGACCUGCAGCAGCUUUAGCAGCACUCACAGGCUGGACAUGAGCUUUGCUCAGCUGUCCCACAGUGUCUUUUUCUUUCUGGGGCGCACAGCGGAGGAGAUGAGGGGCCAGUCAUGGUACAGCUUGGUGCAUCCUGAGGAUCUGUCUCCUGCAGCAAACUGUCACACAAAACUGAUUGAGGCAGAUGAAGGCUUCCAGGUGGAGAUGGUGGUGAGGCUCCAGUGCUCAGACCUGUCCUGGACCUGGGUCUACAUCCGAGCCAACCGGGACUCCAAGAACCAGCAAAUCAGCUGCACUAACUUCAUCGUCAGUCCAACAGAAGCAACAUUCCUGCAGAAGAAAAUCUGCUGCGAUGCCUUCAAGUCGUCAUCGGUGCCAAGUUCCUUUCAUUUUACCCAAAAUGCACCUGCUGGAGAAAGACACCAGAGGAUGAAGAGGCAGAGCGCCACAGACGAGCGAUGUGGGGAGCUGGAUGCCGGAGGGAGAUGGGAGUCGGAGCGGGACAUCUACUGUGUCCUGUGCACCUCCUCCCUGGACAGCAGCUCUUCUGCUCCUCUGGCUGACAGCCCUGUUCUCUACAGCCCCGCCUCCUCCAGCUCCCCUCUGGAGCUGAGGGAGCUCCACCAUGACCUCCUGAUGGAUGCUCAUGAAUGCACAGAUCAGCUCUUGUCCUCUCCAGAAGGCUCCGCCUCCUGCUACUCCCACCUGGACUCACGGCUCAGCAGUCAUCAGUCACCAACCGCCUCUGAAGCGGCAUUUGAGCAGAGAGACCUGCCUGCUUUUGGAGAACACUCACCGCUCUCCUCCGUCUCAUCCUCCGUUUAUGGUUUCCAGGCGUGCACGUCCAACGCCCGGUUAGUUCCAGACUGCUUGUUCGUGUCUGACAUGUGUGAGAGUCCACCAGAAAGUGUAUCUCUGCAUCCGCACGAGUUCGACCUCCUGGAGGAUCCACAAGGGGGCAGUGUUGUCCAGAUUCCCCACCAGGAGUUGACUUUUCCUAACAGUCUUCUUCCUCCACUCCAGCCUGUGGAGUCAGAUCAGUAUGAUGAGAAGGAGCAGGCUGAGAUCAGCGUUCUUGCUCAGCAGAUCUCCUCUCUGGCCAGCACCUUCAGCCGGCACCAGACCCCCCCACAGAACGCCGCCACUCCGCUGUCUGCCUGCGACUGGCCCCCCAGCUGUCCUCCCCCCUCACUGCUGCUUCCCAGGUGUGAGCUGCUCAGUGAUGACAGCCUCGUGGACAGCAUCCUAAAAGGUCUCGACGUGGUUCCUCUGAAAAACGGCUGCCACAGCGCCGUUUCCAGACACCCGCCCUGCUCACUGAGCCGGUCCGCUGAGCCGGAGGCCAUGAGGGUUCCUGCAGAGCAGCUCCCCUCAGGGGGAUCUGCCAAGGACCAUUUGGGUUUUCCCCAUAGCCAAAACACUGGGUUGCAUCAACUCAACCACUGUUUGCAGAGCCGCUUCCAUCAAGGUAACGUCUCCCAGCAAAUCCUCCAUGUUUACAAAAAUGUUCUCAUUUCACCACAAAUGUUUGUGUUUCUGUCUCCCACCAGGUGGACUUGCAGGAGAAACCUUGUACUGAAAUAAGUCUGUGACUUACUGUGCUGCCACUUGUAUGACAUAUUGUCAGGAGAGGUCCCCUAUGCUGCAUUAUAGAUGGAGAUUAAGACAGAGGAAGUGUAGACAGAUUCCUUGUUCUUUCUACGCGUUUGCUGACAUCAAAACGGUGAUAUGAAGGUAUAUUUUUGUGUUAAAGAUUUUGAGCACUUUAUCAAAGUUAUACUGAAAAAAUAUGAUAAAUUUGAUAAACUUUGACACAUGGAUCAUUCCUAAAAAAGUAUUUCUGGUGCCUGAAAGAUUUUUAUUUUGCUACUAUAAUUUGCUGAUCUAGUAUUUUAGUCAUUAAGGUGAGUCAGCAAAAAGACACAGAAAUGAUUGUAUAAAUAUCUACCUCAGUACAUUUAUGCCCGAAUUUAAUUCAAUAUUUUAUUUAUUUGAACACAUUUGAUAUUUCUGACUUUGUUUGUGUUAUAACGGUGCAACAUAUGAUGCUAUUCCAUUUAUUCAUUGGUACGAGAACACUGUGUAUGAAUGUUCACUCUGAUUGGAUCAUUCGUUUUUUUUAUUGUAAAUAAUCAAUAAAGUUAGUCUUG